GAUCGGGGCUUUGACAGUUCUCCGCAAGCUUGCGGAGCACCUGGGUUUGCGUGGCUUAAGUGCACACGACAUCCGCCUGGUGGACUACGAGCUCAUGACGCUUCCGAUGCCGAAGGGUUCUUGCAACCAGACGACGAAGCUCUGGCCUUUUCACAGCCGGCGCGGUGGCCGGCCGAUUCCAUCAGCGCCGCCCGCAAGCCCGUGA